AACUAUUAAGGCCAGAAAGAAAGGAACAUUUUUGUUAUUGUGAUGGAGUCAGUUUUCUGAGCCUAUAAAAUGCCCAUCAAUGCACUGCAUUUUUGGUUUCCAAUUCCAAUUCUAAAUUGCUCCUGUUACUUGCACUGAAUACUGUAUCAGUGUGCAGCUUAGAUACCAGUACUGUACCCAGAUCAAAACAGUCCUUUAAAAAUGUGUAUAUUUGUAUUUCCCCACAGAUCAUGGAUUUCUAUGGGAAGUAUGCAGCUGUCACUUUGACCAUUUUAUCUGUAUUUCUGCAUCUUCUUCAUGCUUUCCCAGAUGGAGAGUUUCUCAUGCAGGGUUGUCCAGAGUGCAAGCUAGGAGAGAAUAGAUUCUUUUCCAAGCCAGGAGCGCCCAUUUACCAGUGCACUGGGUGCUGUUUCUCCCGGGCCUAUCCUACUCCAAUGAGGUCCAAGAAGACCAUGCUCGUUCCUAAGAACAUUACAUCGGAAGCAACGUGCUGUGUAGCAAAGGCAUUUACUAAGAUCACUCUUAAGGACAAUGUGAAGAUAGAGAACCAUACAGAUUGUCACUGCAGUACCUGCUACUAUCAUAAAUCCUAAAGCCAGCCCCUGUGUUAAUGAUCAAGGACAACGGUGAAUGGAAUAUUUGUUUUUGAGCUUUUAUAUCACCGCUGUGUAAAAUGUUGUGUUUUCUGGUCAAGACACUGGGUAGACUUCUGAGUAAGAUGGAUGGCUGUUUUAUUUCCUCUUUGCUUCUUCAUGCAUUUAAGUAAGUUCAAUUAUUUCCAUUCGGGAUGAAAUACAGCACUUGCAUGACAAC